CUGUUUAUAGCGUCUCUGAAGCUGUGGAGGUCUCGUCUCAGCCGGGUCAUGUACUCCAUGGCCAACUGCCUGCUGCUGAUGAAGGACUACAUCCUGGCUGUGGAGACCUAUCACUCCAUCAUCCAGUACGAGCCCCAGCAGAGCGCGCAGCUGCUCAGUGGCAUCGGACGCAUCUUCCUGCAGAUCGGAGACGUUAAAACGGCGGAGAGGUACUUCCAGGACGUGGAGAGGGCCUGCCAGUCGUCGGGAAACGAGCCCGGCCACGCCACCUGCGUGCUGAUGAACAGGGCUUUUAUCUACCUCAGUCAGAACAACUACACCGAAGCACACGCCUCUUUCACCGAGGUGUUGAAAACGGACCCCAAAAACCCCGUUGAGUCCCUGGGGCAGCUGGAGGGCCUGGUGCAGCGGGACCCCGCCCUGUACCUGCACGAGAGCGUGCUCUUCAACCUCACCACCAUGUACGAGCUGGAGUCCUCACGCAGCACGCAGAAGAAGCAGGCGCUGCUGGAGUCCGUGGCCGGCCGGGAGGGAGACAGCUUCAACACGCAGUGCCUCAAACUGGUCUAA